AUGCAAAACGUGCGCGGCGUUUUCCGCACCCGCCGCACAGUUUCCUUUGCAGAUUUUCGUCACGCGUAAACUCGCGGAAUUUGGAAAUUUAAAUUUCUUUUUGUGCUUUUAUUCGUUUUAUUGAUGUUUUCGAUAAUCACUUGGUACAGGUUCAUUCAAUUUAAUAAGGGGAUGUUCUUAUAAACAUUAUUUGUUGAUUUUACACGUGAUUUUAAAGGUUUUCUUCCCGAUCAAUAAAAGAGAAAGACGCGCAAAAUUCUUGGGAGUUUGGGUAUUUAUACUUUUUUUUCCCUUGUUCUUAGGAUCACUUUUGAAUGAUGAACUAUUUGAAAUAAAAAUCGUAACUUUCUAGCCGUAAAUUUGGGGCUCUUUAAUUUUGCAUUUUUAUCGAAAUUAUAUAAAUUUAUUUUUAUAAAAAUUUUGAUCAUGUUUGUUUUCUAUAUGCUAAUUGUACUGAUGAUAAGUAAGUUUUAUUUUUUUGCUUUUGAAGAAAUAAAAAAAGAAAUUUCUCAACGUUCAAAUUUUUGCAUAACGACCUUUUCGUGUACUUUGUUCUCUGUGAAGCACUUUUCAUAUUAUCAGUGAAAUUUGAAUAGUUUCUAAAUUUUUUCCUUCAAUUUAAUAUUGAAAUGGUUCUUUUAAUGUGAAUAUAACUUUGAACUGCUCAUUUAUCAUAUUUUCAGGAUAUAUCCAUUAGUUUUUGUCAUUUUUUCUCGAGUUUAUAUUCAAAUUUUUUGUAACUGAAUUGACUAAACGUUUUUUUCCAGAUUUAGUAGUCCAGAAGACGAUCGAUUAGUGAAUAUUUGUCUAAUUUGAAAUGUCACUGCGAUCGUCGCGUCGCAGUGGAGCCGCCGGUUCGGCCGGCGGUUUGAAUCCGGCGACAAUCUCAUUUUUUUGGAUCGUUCUCGCUUGAUUAAGGUUGGUUUUUGGGGUGGAUCAAGCACUGGAAAAUUAGAAUUAUGUUCAAUUUUUGAUUUUAUCGUACAAUUUUGUUCAGUUUUUAAAAUUUACCUCAGAAAAUUGUUUGAUUUCAAUGUUUUUUUAGGAUUUAGUUCAAUAUCCAUUACAGAACUUUGUUCAGAUCAUAUAGAAAUCUUAGAAAUUGGGUAGAUUUUAUCAUUAAGGUCAGAAUUAUGUUCAGUUAUUUUAUUUAACUUGAAAAUGUGUUCUUCUUUAUAUUUACCCUUAGAAAUUUGUUGAUUCUCGAUACUUUCCUUUAAAUUUCGGGUUUUUUUGAAAACUUAUCAUGAAAAAAAUAGAUUCAAUUUUUGGUUAAUUUUUUUCUUAGAAUUCUGUUCAAUUUCAGUAUUUAUCCAAGUACUUGUUGUUCAGUUUCACUGCAUAUUUCCGAUUUUUUUUCUUUAAUUUUAAUACUUUUUAUCUUGAAAUUUUGAUGUUUUUUUCUCAAAAUUUGCAUCUAUUUUAAUAUGUAUUUUAGAAAUUUGUUUAAUUAUACUUCUCUAGAUUUUUUUGAUUAACUUGAUAAUUAUGCUAUAAUUUUCUUCAGUUUCAAUAUUUUUCAGGAUUUUUUUCAAAUUGAAUUUAAUUUUUUUGACUUUUUUUGAUUUUUUUAGCGACUUCAUAAAUAGGAAAAAAAUAGUAAGGGAAUACAUAUUUCUAUGUAACUGAAAAAAAUACGGAAUUUUCAGGAACUAACGGAAAGAAACUUGCCAAUCAAUGGAACCCGCGGCGCCCUUGCCGAUCGCCUCUACGAUUUCGUAGUCAAUGGAACAGUUCCUCCAGAACAAUCCACUCCAACGACUUCUACCAAGAAAGAAAAGGAGAAGGAGGAAGUUGUGGAGGUAAAAAAAUGGAUAAAAAAUGUUUUUCAGGACAAUUUUAAGUGAAAAUCUCACAGAAAAAGGAGAUUUUUCGGUCUUAUUUUGAAGAUUUGUGUAAGAAAAGCUCUUUUUAAAGCAUUUUCAACAAGUUAGCUACUUUUUGAGCCAUUUUUUGCAACCAGGACUGAAUAUGAAGGGCUAGGAAAAAUGAUAUGAAUCAAUUUAAAGCUCCAUUUCGAUGAUUUAGAGAAGGAGGAAGUUGUGGAGGUAAAAAAAUGGAUAAAAAAUGUUUUUCAGGACAAUUUUAAGUGAAAAUCUCACAGAAAAAGGAGAUUUUUCGGUCUUAUUUUGAAGAUUUGUGUAAGAAAAGCUCUUUUUAAAGCAUUUUCAACAAGUUAGCUACUUUUUGAGCCAUUUUUUGCAACCAGGACUGAAUAUGAAGGGCUAGGAAAAAUGAUAUGAAUCAAUUUAAAGCUCCAUUUCGAUGAUUUAGAGAAGGAGGAAGUUGUGGAGGUAAAAAAAUGGAUAAAAAAAUGUUUUUUUCAGGACAAUUUUAAGUGAAAAAUCUCACAGAAAAAAAGGAGAUUUUUUUCGGUCUUAUUUUUGAAGAUUUGUGUAAGAAAAAGCUCUUUUUAAAGCAUUUUCAACAAGUUAGCUACUUUUUGAGCCAUUUUUUGCAACCAGGACUGAAUAUGAAGGGCUAGGAAAAAUGAUAUGAAUCAAUUUAAAGCUCCAUUUCGAUGAUUUAGAGAAGGAGGAAGUUGUGGAGGUAAAAAAAUGGAUAAAAAAUGUUUUCAGGACAAUUUUAAGCGAAAAUCUCACAGAAAAAGGAGAGUUUUCGGUCUUAUUUUGAAGAUUUGUGUUAGAAAAGCUCAUUUUAAAGCAUUUCCAACAAGUUAGCUACUUUUUGAGCCCUUUUUUCAAACCAGGAAUGAAUAUGAAGAGUUAGGAAAAUGAUUUGGAUCAUUUUCAAGUUACCUAUCGAUGAUUUAGUGGAAGAGGAAGUAGUGGAGGCGAGAAAAAUAAUAAAAAAAACCCGUUUUUCGGGACAAUUUUUGAGGUUAUUUCUAGGGAAAAGCUUCAAAAAAGCUCUUUUAAAAAUAGAUUUAGUUCUAAAGCUUAUUAAAGUAAUGUUAUAGGGUUACAGAAACUUAGAAAGAAUGAUUUUUUGAAGGUUAGCAAAACAAAAGGGAGAAAAAAGGACUGAGAAACGAAGAAAUCUGUAUUUUUGAAGAAUUCUGAAGCAUUUUUUAAACAGAAAAAGGUCUCAAACUCAUGAAUUUUUAGAUAAAUUGUAAGAAAGAGCUUCAGAAAUAGAAAAAAACCUGUUUUGGUCUUUUUAUAAGUUUUCAAGCCUUUUUAAGCCAUAGUAUAAGGGUCAAUCAAUAUUCACAGAAGCGUUUUUUGAAGGUUAGAGAUUUAAAAUUGCUAUAAAACUGAAAAAAAUCUGCAUUUUUUUAAGAGUUUCGAGGCAUUUUUUUGAAUGGAAGAGGCAUCAAAAUCAUGAUUUUUUUAAAAGUUUUAAGUAGAAGCUUCAUAAUUUUUCUAACAUUAUUUUUGCUCUAAAGCUCGCUUAAGUUAAAGUAUAAAAGUCUCUGAUUUUUUUACGGAAAUGGCCUUUCAACGGUUAGUAGAAUAAAGAUUAAAAAAAUUGAUGUGUAGCUGGAAAAAAAUGCACAUUUUAGAAGGAUUUUGAAUCUUUUUUUAUCAUCAUAUUAGCUCAUUUUAAGGUACGUUUCAUAAGAAAAAAAGGCCUCAAAAUCAUGAAAUCGAAAAAAAUUCUCGUUGAGGCUAUAUUUCCUGCACUUUUUGUACAAAAUCUGCAUCAAAAACAUGAAUUUUCAUAUUUUUAGCCUCCAACCGAAGAAAUUGUUGAAGAAAAGCCAGAGGAACCUGUUCCUAUCAAAACUCCAACACCGAAAAAGGGCAGGAAACCACGAAAAUCCCAAGCGGAAAAGGUUUAAAAGUCCAAAAAAGGGUUUAAAAUAUUAAUUUUCAGGUCACUGAAACUGUAGUAUCGGUUAAAGUUGAGGAAGAAGUCGUGGAAACGGUUAUAUCGCCCAAAAAAACGACGGAGUAGUGGGGUUGGUUUGAAAAAAAUGAAAUUGAGAUUUUCAUGUAUUUUUUUACAGAAAGAAGUCCAUUAAAAACCAAAAAAAUGAAGAUAUUUUUUUUAUUUGCUUCGAAAAAUUCUAAAAAUUCCCCCAUUGAACAAAUGAAAAUGAAAGAUUUUUUUCAUACGUCUCGAAAAAUUCCAGACCUUAGCCCAUUAAAAAAACCGAAAUGGAAGACUUUUUCUCUAUGUUUUUUUCAUCUGAUUAGAAAAAUUCCAGAACCCCAUCCCCGGUGAAAGGGACAAAAAAAUCAAGAAAAAAAUCGGAUUUUCAUAUUUUUUUCUCAGAAAGAAGUUCAUUAAAAAAAUUGAAAUGGAAGAUUUUUUUCUCUAUUUUUUUAUUUGAUUCGAAAAAUUGCAGGCCGCCCCCCUAAUCGAAGCGAAGUGACAAAAAAAUCAAGAAAAAUUCAGAUUUCAUAUUUUUUUAUCUCCAGAAAUGAAUUUAUUAAAAAAACCAAACCCCCCUGGUGGAGGUGACAAAAAAAGUUGUAAGAGAAUCGAGAUUUUUUUAUGAAAAAUUCCAGAGAAAAACAAGCCGCCCCACCGGCGGAAGUCGAAAAAAAGUGACGACUGUAGUGAAAAAUCGAGCAGGAGACGGUGACGUCAUUCGAUUUGAUGACGUCAGGUCCUUUGAUCCUGCGGAGCCGUCCCCGAAAAAAAGAAGGCCAAGGUUUGAGAUUUGGAGGAAUACAUAAUUAUCAUGAUUAUUUCAAAAUGUAUUCUAUUUUGAUCUUCCUUUCAAAAUUAUGCUCAUUUUCAUUUUUUUUCAUUUUUGUUCAUUUUUUUUUGUCCAUUUUCAAAUUUAUCUCUGAUCCUCCUGAAUUCAGCUAUCUUUUUCACUCUCUGACGGUUACUCUGAGUUUUGUGGAUUCAUUUUGAACACGUCAUACUAUGAAGGUCAUAUCAUAUUUCAGGCCUUAUUUUUUUCUAAAAACUGAAAAAUGAAGCGGGAAAGUAAUGGAAGAAAAUGACUUUUUUUUUCCCCCAAAAUAAGGAUUUUAUCUUUUUUAGGGUCUAGGAAUGAUAAAAAUGGUCUUCUGGAUAAAUUUUGACAUUUUUUUUGAACCUGUAUUUUUUGUGUUGUUUGAAAUGUUCAAAUAGACAUUUUUUCGACAUAAAAAGCGAUUUUGAAGGGCUUUUUGAAGGUUUAUCAAUCGAUUUUGAGAUGAAUUUUGAGAAAAUCCACUUUUUUUUCGAUUUUUAACGGUUUUUCAGUGAAAACAUGGCUCAUAGGGGAAUGAAAACUGGAUUUUUUGAGGAAUUUGACGUUUUUAUGCGUUAAAUCCUACGUUUCUUCAAGGAAAUCCGAAAAAAAGUAUGAACUUGGUUAAAAAAAUGACAGAAAACUUUUUUUUUAGCCAUUUCGUGAAAAUUAGAGCGCAUUUUUCAGACUCUGAACCAUUAGAAAAACUCCAUUUUCUUUUUUUUGAGAAAUUUUGAUGGGGUUUCAAGUUUUUUCCUGUGUUUCUCAAGCAGAAAAUCAACGAUUCCGAGGAAAUUACACUUUUCCAGAAGGCGAAAGAAGUCAAAAAGGAGACGGUUGAACAAAUUGAACGGGUCGAACAAUCCGACAACGGUGUGA